UGUUAACAUUACCCUUUUGAGGAACAUGUAACAUCCUACUAAAAAUUUCUUACAAAAAAUACUUCCCUCUCAACCUGCGGAAGAUUACUGACAGUGCUCCGGACCCACUCUGGGUCUCCGUCACAAUAAAGCUGCUGGUCUUGCCGUGACUUUCAGACUAGCAGUUCUCGGAUCCAGCGUCAACGGCUCAUGGGCGUCGUCGUGUUCGGAACCAACAUCGCAACAGUUCUGGUUCUCACACCGCUCUAGCCUUUAGAGUUGCUGUCAGUGCUGCGUGAAUGGCUGCCCCCUGCAUUUCCCUCACAUGCUUCCCCUGCAAACCAGCUUGCGGUACAGCAAAAAGGGCAGUGUCCCCAUCCUCUCUUUUGCAGCCGCACUUCACAAAUCCUCAAAAGUUUCCAUUUGUUGCCGGUUCUUGCAUCAAUCCCUCAAUUUCCAGGAUAUUUAAGGGCAUUUCGGCCAUGGUUUCAGAGCCGAAAUCCGCGGUGUCUGAUUUUUCAGGCAUUGAUAUCUUCAAACUGACUUACUUAGAGGGAAACAGUUGGUUGUGGGAAGUAGGAGGGGUGAAAAUAUUGGUGGAUCCCAUUUUGGUAGGUAAUUUGGAUUUUGGAAUUCCAUGGUUUUAUGAUGGUUCCAAGAAGUUUUUGAAGAAUUUUCAGAUAGAUGAUCUUCCAGAAAUUGAUUGUUUACUAAUUACACAAAGCCUCGAUGAUCAUUGUCAUCUCAAGACUCUAAGGUCCCUCUCUCAAAAGUCACCAAAUCUCAGGGCAAUUGCAACUCCUAAUGCGAAUAUGCUAUUGGAUCCUCUUUUUAAGAAUGUCACAUACUUGGAACCUGGUCAGGGCUUUGAAAUUGAAACAAAAAAUGGCUUUACAAUUAAAGUGAAGGCAACUCCUGGGCCAAUUCUUGGUCCUCCUUGGAAACGACCAGAGAAUGGUUAUCUCAUCACUUCUCCACAAGGUGUGCUUAUGUUAUAUUAUGAACCCCAUUGUGUCUACAACAAGACCUUCCUUGAGAAGGAACGGGCAGACAUUGUUAUUACUCCUGUCAUAAAGCAACUUUUACCAAGCCUUACGUUGGUUUCUGGACAAGAGGAUGCCGUACAGCUUGCAAAGCUCCUCUCUGCCAAGUUCAUUGUACCAAUGAAAAAUGGCGACCUUGAUAGCAAAGGGAUUCUUUCUAGCAUUAUUAAGGCCGAGGGAACGAUGGAAUCUUUCAAGGAACUUUUGUCAAAGGAAUGGCCAUCUGCAACCGUUCUUGAGCCUACUCCUGGAGUGCCUCUUGAUAUAUUAAUUUCUCCCAUCAAUGAAGAAUCCUAAUGCCCAAAGAAAUGUUUAUGUAAUAAUGUUAAAUCCCCAAACUGCUGUAAAUUUAUUUAAAUCUCCAAACUGUUGUAAAUUUAUUUGAUUAUUGUAUAAAUAGUGUUAAGAAUAAAUUACGUAAAUGGUCCAAGGUAAUAAGCGGUUUUCCAUAUU